AUGAAAUAAAUUAUCAUUUUAGCUUUACUCCUAAUCUUGGUUCUUGGAGAUUCACAUUAAUAUAAGCAAAAUCAACAUAGGCACAAGAAAGUACAUGGUAAAUAAUUGAAUAUAUUCAAGUAUUUAAAUGGAUUUUGAUUUCUGUAGUAGCAGUUGUUGCAUUUUUAGUAAUUAGAAAAAUAGUAAGAAAAAGAAGAUAAAUAAGAAGAAUGAAAAAGUAGUAGAGAUAGAAUUAAUUAUCAGAAACUGUAGUUUUUGGAGAACCUAUGAAUGAUAACAUUCCUUAACCAAAAUUCUAUGCUGUUCCUAUUGAAUAAUAUCAACAAUUUAAAAAUUGGUUGAAACAAUAAAAGUAACAAUAAGAAGCUUUGUUAUAAUAAUAAUAAUAGUUUUAAUAAUAAUAAUUGUAAUAACAACAAUAAUAAUCUGUUUAAAAUAAUCAGAUUCCCUAACAACCUGUAGCCGGAUAUCCAAUUUAUUAAUAAUAUCCUCAAUAAAUGCCUCAAGUUGUAUAUCCAUAAUUAUUGAACAAGAGUCAGGUUGAGAUCCAACUACCUGAUGUCAGAGUUCCAUAAUGAACUAUAAAAUUAAAAUAUACAUUACAUCAUAU